AACUUGUUUGAUUCUAUGUUUAUACGGAGAGAGGGGUGAUCGCAUUCUGGGACAGAAAUCCCUUCUAUCUUUUUGUGUAAAUCGCCAACUGCCCUCGAAGCCUAAAUCUUUUGAGAUGGGGAGGGAUGUAACUGGCAAUCGAACUUCAAAUAAACCUGCUGUGGUCAAUUUCAUACCAAAUAAUGCAGUUAAUGUUUCCAACAACAUUUCAUUAGAGAGAGUUGAAACAAAGGACACCAAGGCAGAAGAUCAUGGCGAGAAGCAAGACGUUUUAUCUGUUAAGAGCAUGAAUCGCAAUACAGACAUGAUGAACGAGGAGGAGAAAGCUGUGAAGGGCAAGAGUACUCUAAAGUCGAGUCACAACAAGUUAAGCUUGCCCAUGAAUGACAAAAAUCCCAUUGUUUCAAAGCCAUCAGAUCUUGGAACUGAGGAUCAUGCUAUUCCCGAGACUGUUGAUGCUGGCUCGAGCCAUUCAGCGAAUCCUAAUGAUCUCGAGACCCCCAAUAAACCACUGGAAAAUUCUCCCGAGGUUUCAAUAAAAUCACAGCAGCAGCAGCUGGAUGAUCGCAAAGAUCAUGAAGAAGAAGAAGAUAGUUGUUCCUUGGUGUCUUCAUCAGGAGGAUCAUCUGUGAGAGGCACCAAAUUCAAAGUUACUAUACCAUUAGGACCAACAUUUAGAUCUGAAGAGCGGGCAGCAAGGCGUAAGGAGUUUCACAUGAAGAUGGAGGAGAAACACAAGGCUUUGGAAGCAGAGAAACAAGAACAGGCUGCCAGAGCCAAGGAAAUGGAGGAAGCAGCUAUAAGGCAGCUUAGGAAAUCCAUGGUGUACAAAGCAAAUCCAGUUCCUAACUUUUACCGCGAAGGACCUCCUCCAAAGGCUGAAGUUAAGAAGUUGCCUGUGACUCGUGCAAAAUUGCCAAACCUUGCACGAAGAAAAAGCUGCAGCGAUGUGUUCAUUUCAUAUCCGGAGGAGAAGAAAGGGUGUGCAAAGGCCCGUCAUAGCAUUGGCUCUUACACUGAAGAAAGCAGCAUCAUAGUGAAAGGCAGACCCAAAUCGGUUAAAGAAGCAAUGGAGAUGAAGGAAUCAUUUGCGGUGGAAGAGAUACAGGAGGAGAAUCUGGUGGAAGUGGAAGAAGAGAUGAUGAUGGAAUCGUCUCUGGUGAAAGAGAUGAAGGAGGAGAAUCCAGUGGAAGUGGAAGAAGAGAUGAUGAAGGAAUCAUCCCCGGUGAAAGAGAUGAAGCAAAAUUCAGCAGAAUAACAGUAAAAAGAAAUAAUGAAACUUGUUGUUGUACUGAAGAAUUAUUGAAUCAUUGUAUAUUUAGUUAGCCACUCUUUCAAAUGAAUCCCAAUUAAAUGUAAGUUGUACAGAAGAGAGAGCCUUGCAAGUUGUAAAAGUUUGGAAUCAACGCUCAACUAAAGACUUUCUAAGUUAAUACUC